AUGAUUCCCUAUGUUUGGUCGCCUAAAGGGCCAUUGAAGUCAAGCAUCUUGGCUACGGUAUUCCUGCUAUGCGAACUUUUUAAAGUUCAAGCGUCGGAUUAUGAAGAUACCGAUAGUCACUGCUACGUUGGCCCUGGACGCUCAGUGGACACGACGGCCCCGUGUCUUGACACGACAUGCGGAACAUUUAUCGAAUGGCAGCAAAAAGCCGACGCCGCCGACCGCGAACAAUACGUCGAAUACAUGUGCGGUGACGGACGGGGCGUCUGCGAGGGAUGGGAGGAGCAUGAACGUGAAUUCCACGCCGGGAAGGACGGAAAAGUGUUAUAUGGACAGAUGCAUUGCUGUCAUGGGGAUUACUGUAAUCGGCCCAACAAGACGUUACUCGAAAUAAGUCGGCAGAGAACCAGAAAAGACUAUAUAAGUGAUUCUGAAGAAGACAAAGACGAUUCGGAAGAAACAUCCACUGCGAACGAGCCAGGAACUUCUAGUUGCUGCACAUUUUUCCUUGUGAUUAUCGCCUUGAUAAACUUGCUAGAACGGCCCCGGAUCCGGUUGCACGCCUUCGUCCCGAACUGCGACAAAGUGCUACCGGAACUGACGAUUUCCGUUGAGGAUAAAGCACUGACGAUCGAGUCCAUUGAGGCGCUGACUACAACACCGAAAUUGACAACCUGCCCAAUUCGAACACAAGAACCUCCUGGGUGUGUUUAUUGGUUCUACGAUAUCUCGGCACUUUUUGAGGAGGUCAUCCCCAAGGAGCUAACAAUCCAUCGAGGCGGCUCUGGAGCUUCUAUGAAAAUUGAUGUGGUUCCGCAAGAGUACAAGAAGGGCUUGACGGCUGGUGUCUCGCCGUUUUUCUGGUUCAACGACUGGCCUCGACUAUUCGUUUUCAUUGAACUCGCCCAAAAAGUUGGAUUUACGCAUUUUCUAUUUUCACACCAAUCGGCAUCGCUGGCAGUGAUGGAAAUGCUGCAGUAUUAUGUGGAAAAGUAUGACUCAAACGAGCGAACCUUUUGGGGCGGCCAAAUAAUGGCCGAAAAUUACUGCGGAUUCUGGUCGAAGACAAACUAUACGGCUUUGGUGGACGUAGACGAUUUGUUUUAUCCAAGAACAGGCGAGAACCUGAUUGAGUUGGCGGAUCGGCAUUUUUUGGAUCCGAGAAUAGCCCUAAAGAACCCGACUCUGGUAGAAGAGCAUCGAUUCCAUAAGUCAAUUUUCCAAACCAAGUACGCCGCAACUCUGUGGACGCAUCAGCCGGUGAAGUUCUAUGAGGGAAAGCGCAGCAAAAUGGUUGGUUACAAAGAAGCCGUGUACCUGCAUCACCAGAAAAACUACGAAACAUACGAUAACCAGACGCAACCCUACGAAAAAAUGGCGGAUUUUACAUUUUUUGAUCAGAAAACGCUGAACGAGACGCUAACUGAUAUGCAAGAUAUUUUAAAAGAGAUCUAUCAACAUAACCCGAAGCCACCGAAAUAUCGGGUGAAUCAAGUGGCCGAUGGGGCCCAAAAGAUCAAUAAAUGCCCGACCCUCGGCGGGCCCUGUUAUUUGCAUAUGAAAAACUUGGACGAAUGGGUCUACGCGCCGCCUGACGAGAAUUCAAACUGGAUCGUUGUA